CAGCUCUAAGUCUGAGUGUGUGUGUGUGUGUCUGUGUGUUAUUAUUAUAUCACAGCUCGCUUUGGUGAGUCAGUUCGGUGAUUAUCCACAGGAUUACUAUCAACACAUACCCUGGGAAGGACUAGCUCUACGGAGGAACCGCGGUUGUGAGAGUUUAUGAUUGGAUACAGGAGACCGUUGAUUCAACAGAGCGCAAUGUGUGACCUCAUCAUGGACCAAGUGACACCUCUGUCAUCGGGCUACCGACGCCUAAAGAGGCAGGUAGCUUUGGAGCUGUUUGAAGACCCCAUGUCUCUGUUCUCGGGGUUUUACCCCUCAGUGGAGGAGGAGCAGGCAGCUCAGGAGGUUCCAUCAGGAUUGGAGUGUGCUCCACAAGACCUGGGACCAUGCUCUGUGCCACUGUUGACUCCCUGCAGCAAAGCAGUGAUGAGCCAGGCGUUGAAAGAUAGCUUUAAUGGUUUCAGCAAAGUCCAGCUCAUCUGGGGUAUCUCUAACAACCCACGGAAAUGGAACAAGCAGCACGUCCAACAGUGGUUGCACUGGGCAGCUGGCGAGUUCAGCCUUACCAAUGUGAAUUUCUUCAAGUUUGAUAUGACCGGCCAGGAGCUGUGCGACCUGGGGAAAGAAGGCUUCUUGGAUUUGGCUCCAGAUUUUGUGGGCGAUAUUCUUUGGGAGCACCUAGAACAGAUGAUGAGAGGUUUCAGUGUGGAGGACACACAGUACACACUGCAGGCAUCAGACAGCACUAGUAGCCUCUUAAGGGAGCUGUUUGAGGCCCCAGAUACUCCCGCCACUCUGAUCUCUGAGCCAGACUUCUCCAUGUUCCCUAAACCUCAGCUAAGCACGGUGAAUGUCAGUUAUAUCAGCCAGAAAUUCCCCAGUGGAAAAGCACAGCCAUGCCUUAACACACACUUCUCAUCUAAUGAGCAGACUUCUAUUGAGAGCUUGGACAGUGUGGAGGGAACUGAGCGUGUCCUGCACUCAUGGGGCAGUCAGUCAUCCCUGGCCGACACCCAGCGUGUUCCAUCAUAUGACAGUUUUGAUGAUGAGUACAACGCAGUGCCGCUAAGCCUGGGCAAGCAAGGGCUAUCUUUCAAAGACUAUGUACAGGAGAGAAACGAGCCUCUGGAGCAGGGCAAGCCGGUCAUCCCUGCCACAGUGCUUGCUGGAUUCACUGGAAGUGGUCCUAUCCAGCUGUGGCAGUUUCUGCUGGAGCUUUUGACAGAUACAACCUGCCAGAGCAUCAUCAGUUGGACUGGAGAUGGCUGGGAGUUUAAACUCACUGACCCUGAUGAGGUGGCGCGUCGAUGGGGCCGCCGCAAGAACAAGCCCAAGAUGAACUACGAAAAACUAAGCCGUGGCCUGCGCUACUACUACGACAAAAACAUCAUCCACAAAACAGCUGGCAAGCGCUACGUCUACCGCUUUGUCUGUGACCUGCAGAACCUCCUGGGCUACGCCGCUGAAGAGUUGCACGGCAUGCUGGGAGUGCAGCCUGACACUGAGGACUGAACCAAGCAAUUGCCUCUAGUUAGGGGUGUGUUUGACGGAGAAGGGGAAGUGUCCCCUGAUGUCCACUGUUACAGUCGGGCAGUUUAAGGGUCUGCGUCCUGAGCGACUGCAGUCUCGCUGCUGCACUUGAAGCCUCUGCACUGGCUGCACCAGGAAGGGGCAAUUUUCUGUGUUUUCGUCUGGAGCCGGACACAGCUCUGGAUGUUUACAACUGCCACACUUGAGUGAGACAGAUCUUCUGAAAGCGAGCUGACAUCUGGUCCAAAAAAAAAAAAAAAGUUUCUCAUGCUCUAUAAGCUACACAGAUAUGAAAAUCUCUUUAAAAUGUUGUACUUUCAUUCUAUCAGCGGAACUCUGUGUUGAGGGUUUGUCAGGAGUGUGUUUAGACUAAAAGAGAACUGUACAGAGAAGCUUUUACAAAAUAUUUUUAUGUUGGCAGAAAGAACAGGAUGCCUGCGUAGCACACAGUAUUGAGACUGUUGUUAUAUAACAAAUGCUGUUGCCUUUACUGAUUUGCUAAGUGCUUCAAACCCUAGGCUUGCACGCUUCCUCUGUUAAUAGAGAGCCAUGCAGCAUAUCAGCCAAGUACAAAUCUGUAGGUCUGUGUGUGUGCGCGUGUUUUUUUUUCUUUAGUCUUAUGCAGAUCUGUAUUUUCAAUACACCAAGAGUGUAAGUGAAAUACAAAAAAGAAUUUAUUUAAAUGUUUCGAUUGCAGCUGCUGUACUGCGCACAUUUUGUAUCUAAAUGAGUAAUUAUUUUUGCAAGGGCCAAAGUGCACUCCAGUGUCAGUGUUUUCAAUUUCAUUAAAAGAGUCUAAUCUAGCAUCAAGAUAAAUAUCAUAACGGUAAACAACACACACCUGUAAAUCUUGUCUGCACAACUUUAUAGCAGAUUUUAAAACAGAAAGAGAACUUUUCCUUCAUUUUUCGUCAUGAGUAAACUCUAUUGUACCUUCUAUUAACAUGGAUUGUUUAAUAUACGUACAUUGUAUUUAUCUUUUUACAUGUCCAAAUUUAUUUAGCUCUAUUUAUUUAAACUAAAGCCAUACAGGCACUCAGAGGAUUCUAUAAAUGGUGAUUGUUAUAUUUUUUUGUUGGUUUCUCUCAUGUACAUAGUAUUUUGAUAACUGUAAUUGUGGUGGAUCUAUUUAAUUGCUGCUCUUGGCAUUACUGGAUAUACGCGACUCAGGAGAAGAGACCGCUAUGAGAGCUCAUACGAGGCCAGAUUAAAAAAUAUAUAUAUUUAAGUGACAUUGUCAUGGAGGGGAUCAUGUCCCAACUUACACAGACCCUAUACACAACCUUUGUACUAAAGCUCUGUGUGAAAACAAUGAAGUUGUGUUGCUUGUUUUGAUAAACUGCUUCAAAUUUUACAAUAAUAUUCAUGUCUUAUAUGUUUAUAAAAUUAUUUUUCUACAUAAAUCCUUUGUGGUAUGUUGUUUUGCAGUAUUUUAUGUAUGUGUACUUUUUGUACAAUAUUAUGAAAGCUUAUAGAAACAGUGUAAGCGAAAGUAAGGAACAGCAAUAUGGAGCCACCAGCUCAUAGAUCUGGGACAGAUAGGUCUUUUCCCAUAUAGGAAACGCACAAACUGAUGCUGGAGCUAACCGUUUGAUGACUGUGAUGUAGGACAAAUAGUGUAUAGGCAGAGAGACAGAUGUAGUUACAUUUAUGCACUAGAUAGAGCUGAACCAACAACCGCAAUGAGCCAAGCCUUUAAUGAGACAACUGGAAUGUUGGAGAUUCACAGAGAUGACAUUUUGGCACUGAACAGAGUAGUAACUGGAAUUAACCUUUUUAAACUGUACUCUAAUUUUGAGCUAAAGCCUAACAUUGCUGAAGUAAUGAAAAGAUCAGGCGUUUCCUUUGCUUACUGAUGUUCAGAUUACUUUCUAGCGCAUACUUUGACAGCUAGAUCACAUGUAUCACUCUGGUGACACUUUUGUGCUGUUGUGAAAUAAAUGUUUUCCAAAUGA